UCUCUACUUUUCCAACCCACCACUUUCCACCCACAACCACAUUUGUGGACCCCCCAGCGGACUCGCAGCCAUGCCAGGGAACCCAUUCGCCCUCCUCGACCCCGACAGCGCGGCUGUGAAGGCCCCUGCGCCCAAGGCUAAGCCCGCCGCCAAGGCCAAGCCCACGACAAAGCCACCCAAGCCCGCCUCGUCUGGCACCCCAACGACCACCACUUCUCGCCAGGAGAAGGAUGGCCGCAGCUCCGAGCGCGGUGGCCGCGGUCGCGGCCGUGGUGGCCGUGGUGGCCGUGGCGCUGGUCGCGGUGGUCGCGGCAGCCGUGGUGCUGGCCGUGGCGGUCGCGGUGCUGGCCGUGGCGGUCGUGGCCGCGGUGCUCGCUCUGAGGGCGACGACUCCCGCCCCGACGCCCCUGAGGCUGCCACCGACGUUGCCAUCCCCAGCGACGACCGCGGUGCCCAGGUCCGCUCCCAGAACCGCCGCCACGGUCGCGGCAGCGGCCACGGUGCCGCCACUAACUACGACCGCAGGAGCCGCAGCGGCAGGACGAAGGGCACUCGCGAGAAGCGCGACGGCCACGGUGCCGGCAACUUUGGCAGCGAUGCCGAGAUUGUGAAGGACGCCCAGGAGGUGCUCGAGAACGAGAAGCAGGGCGAGGAGGUCGCCAAGGAGCAGUCUGAGGUCGUCGAGGAGGAAGUCGAAGAGGAGGAGCCCGACAACACGGUCACCAUCUCCGACUACCUCAAGCAGCAGAAGACCGUGACUGCACGCAAGCCCCGCCGCAAGCCCAACGAGGGUGAGGACACGAGCAAGUUUGCGUCCCACCUCGUGCGCCGCGACGAGGAGAAGGAGAUCGUCGAGCCAACCAAGGAGAAGAAGCAGGUGCGCCAGAAGGAGCAGCGCGCUGCCGGCAAGAAGUACUUUGAGUUUGGCGACGAGGACUUUGCGCGCUACCGCCGCUUCGAGAGCGACGAGCGUGGACGUGGCCGGGGACGCGGUCGUGGUCGCGGCCGUGGCGGUCGUGGCGGCCGUGGUGGCCGUGGUGGCCGUGGUGGCCGUGGUGAUGCUCCUCGCUCUGCUGGUGCCCCACCAAGCCUGUCCACCGCCAACUUCCCCGCGCUCGCCUGA